AUGGAGGCUUCAACAAUGGUGGCUUCUAGAAUGGGUUGGUGGCUUCAACAAUGGUGGGCUUCUAGAAUUGGUAGUUGGCAGCAGCUGAACUUAUCAGUUGUAUAUAUGUCUCAACCUCCUGGUUUUAUAGAUCCCUCCCGUCCAGAUCAUGUGUGUCUUCUCAAGCGAUCUCUUUAUGGUCUCAAACAAGAUCAUCGGAUGUGGAACAAGCGAUUCACUGAUGCUCUCACUUCGCUAGGAUUCUUGGGAUCUAAGACGGAUAGUUCUUUGUUCUAUAUGUCUACUCCUAGUGACAAGCUUUUCUGUCUAAUAUAUGUGGAUGAUAUUUUGGUGCUUGGUAAUAACCCUGCUCGUAUUAAGUCAUUAGUUGCACAACUCCAGUCUCAAUUUGCAGUACGUGAUUUGGGGACUCUGUCCUAUUUUUUAGGUAUAACAGCAUCUUGGACAAGUGAAGGAUUAUUUUUAUCUCAAAAGAAAUAUGUUGAGGAGCUCCUUCGACGUGUUCAGAUGGAGUUGUGCAGUCCUGUUAACACUCCUAUUUCCCCAACCUCCAAACUUUCAUCAUCUGGUGGUGUUCCAUUCAAUGAUCCGACGUUGUAUCGCAGCAUAGUUGGUGCGAUGCAGUACUUGACCUUCACGCGUCCGGAUGUGGCAGAUGCAGUGAACAAGUUCUACAACAUUGCUUCAUGGCUAUACAGAUUCCGAUUGGGGGGAGAUAUAGAUGAUAGGAAGUCCACCACUGGUUUUGCCAUUUACCUGGGCAAUCAUUUGAUAUCAUGGUCAUCAAGAAAGCAAAGAGCUGUAUCCCGAUCAAGCACUGAGGCUGAGUAUAGAGCAAUAGCUGCUACAACUUCAGAAAUCACUUGGGUGGAGUUUCUGCUCCGAGAAAUUGGAUGUUUUAUCUCUUCUAAUUUGAGUGCUACAUACUUAACAGCCAAUCCCAUUUUCCAUUCUCGUACAAAACACAUGGAAAUUCAUUUCCAUUUUGUUCGAGACAAGGUUCGUGCUAAGACGCUUUUAGUUCGGUAUGUCAGCUCUCUUGAUCAAGUUGCCGAUCUAUUAACGAAACCAUUGUCGAAGUCACGCUUUCUUGAGUUAAAAAUCUAA